UGCGAGUACAUUCGCUUCACGCGCAUCGUCUCAGAAGGGAUGAUCGAAAACAAUUUCUUUUUCAUUGUUCCGGUCUUUGUGCAAGUGUUAUUGUAUUUUUGUACGUAGUGACUUCGUUAACAAAAUUUCUCGUCAACAAGAAGAGAUCAACAUCGGCGAGGAAGGAGGAACAGAAACGACCAAAACAGUCAGUGUAGAUAUAUUGUCCAUGGAAAAAAAUACAAGUGGAAUUCUACGAGAUAGGGCGUAUAAUUGGCGUAUUAAGAAUUUCCUGAGAGAACGAAAACUGUUUCGAAUAACGCUACGUAAUUUCGUGAGAUUUCGUUGAGUGGUUUUGAGAAGUAGGAAGAAAAACGGAGAAGAAAAGAAGGGACAAAAGAAAAGAGCAAGAAAAUAAAGAGAGAAAGAAGGAGAAGAAAGAGAAAGAGGUUCGCACGUGAAGAAAGAGAAGAAAGAGAAGAAAGAGAAUGAUGUGCGAAUUUCUUCUUGUAACACACAGCAUUGUGAUUAAUAGACUGUGAUAUAUAUUGUACAUAUUUUAUUUUAGUUUUAAAAUCGUUACGUUUUGGAAAAUAAACGGCAACAGGAGAUCGACAUGACGAACACAAUGGCAGAGAAAAAUGGUGAUAUCCAAAAUGACAAAUCGUCCUUGGUGGAGUCGAAGGUACUUCCAAAGAUCCAGUCAUCCAAUCAUCUGGAAGAUGAAAAACCAAUGCUACCGACGAAUAGUGCAUACAGCGAUCCAGAAAAUGGUGGAAAUAUUAAUGGAAGCGCUGUCAAACAGGUUUUGGCAGCGGUGGUAGCACAACUUGGGACCAUCAACACUGGUAUGACCUUUGGUUUUUCCGCCAUUGCUCUCCCACAACUUCAAGAACCAAAUAGCACCAUUCCCAUCGUCGAAGGUUCAUCCGAAGAAUCAUGGAUUGCUAGUAUGUCCUCUAUUGGAACUCCCAUCGGAUGUUUGGUGUCUGGAUACAUGAUGGAUGUACUUGGAAGAAAACGAUCUCUUAUCAUUACGGAGAUUCCUGCACUGCUUGGAUGGAUAUUAAUUGCAUUUGCAACCGACAUUCGUAUGAUAUACGCUGGACGAUUCUUCGUGGGACUUGGAUCGGGCAUGGUUGGUGCUCCAGCUCGCGUCUAUACAGGGGAAGUGACUCAACCUCAUUUACGGGGGAUGUUGACCGCUUUUUCAAGUAUCGGAGUUAGCACCGGUGUUCUAAUCGAAUAUUUAUUAGGAAGCGUACUUACAUGGACCGUCUGUGCAGCUAUUAGUGGAAUUUUACCCCUUGCCGCACUACUGUUGAUGUUUCUAUUUCCUGAAACGCCGUCAUAUCUAAUAUCACGUAGCAGACCUGAGAAGGCGCGAGAAGCGCUCCAACAGUUUCGCGGCAAUGCGUAUAACAUCAAUCAGGAAAUGGAGACGCUCAUCAAUUUCUCGAAUAAGAACAACCUCAAGCGAUUAACAGGAUUUCGCGAGAUACUCAGCGCUCUUUUAAAGCCUAAUGCUGUCAAACCGUUCACUCUGCUGUUUUUGUACUUUUUAAUAUACCAAUGGUCGGGCACAAAUGUCAUAACUUUCUAUGCCGUUGAAAUUUUUAAAGAUUCAGGCACAACAUUGAACAAGUACUUAGCUGCGGUAAUUCUCGGAAUAGUUAGAUUAGCAUCGACCAUUGUCGCUAGUGUCUUGUGUAGAAGAUCUGGUCGAAGACCUCUAACGAUGGUCUCUUCUGUUGGUUGUGGACUUUCUAUGAUAGGAUUAGGCGGAUAUUUAUGGCUGAAGAGCUACUGGACUGCGAAUAAUUUACCACUUAUCGCAACUUGGUUCCCUGUUUUAUGUAUAUUUUCAUACACUGUAACUUGCACCCUCGGCUUUCUUGUUAUUCCCUGGGUAAUGAUAGGCGAGGUAUAUCCAACGCAAGUACGUGGUAUUAUCGGAGGUUUAACUACAAUGGCAGCCCACUCGUUUAUCUUUACAGUAGUUAAAACAUACCCGUUUUUAGCUAGCACACUUACUCGGCACGGUACUUUUAUACUUUACGGCUGUAUAUCUUUAUUCGGCACGAUAUAUUUCUAUCUAUGUCUUCCCGAAACUAAGGGUAAAACGCUUCAAGAAAUAGAAGAUUACUUUUCCGGAAGGAAUAACGAUUUGAGAACGGGAAAUAUAAUUAAACAUAAGCCAAAGGUAUUAGAAGUAAAAAAGGGUCAAAUAUUGCCUUGAAUUACUCGUACAGUUAACAUUUUAAUAGACAUAAAUUAACGAAUCUGUCUUCCACUGAACAAUGACAUAGACAUGGCUAUGCUUUAUUACUACUAAUCAAAGUUAAUUCGUAUAUUAUCAAAGAACAGUUUUAAUUUAACCAACAGAAAUUAUGAUAUUAUAAGUUCGUCUUGCAAUAAGAUAUCGGAGCUGGCAAUGUGAUUAAAAGACUUCGAAAAUCGAUUAAGAUCAAUUAAAUCAUAUAGACUCUUAUUUUUAUGUAAGAUAUUUUUAAUUUCCAACAAGUAUCUAUUUAUUAACUAAUUAUCUAAGUAAUUUAAAUAAUGUAUAAUUUUUUUAAUAAGAACAUAGCAAUACGAUAUAUUUUUUGUAAGAGUUAUUGACGAUAUGUAAUUUAUUUGUCGAUAAAGAAAAAGGAAAGAAAGACAAAGUAUACAUGCUUUACAAAUGUUUCAUUAUACACACAAAAACGAAAGGUGCUAUUUAUUCUUAUAGUAUUAUAAUACUUAUAUAUAUGUGAUGAAAAGAACAUGUAAUUAACAAGUUAUGUACAAGAGACAUUUAUAAAAAAAUAUGGUCUGCAGACUGCAAAUAAGUUAAAUGAAACAUUUUUAAUAUA